CUAAAAUCAUACACGUCAAGAAGCACAAAAUUUUGGAUGGGAAAACGAAUGUGGAUAUAAAUAUUUUGGUUUCUUUUGAUAAAAACAGCAAUAGUGGGCAUUGAAGAUGGGUGACAUGACAACCAACAUAUCACUUAGAAAAUCAAGGUCAUCAGGAUCGGUGAUGUGUUGUGUUCAGACAAAGUUGAGUCACUUCAAACAAUGCAAAGGAGGUGAGAGUAACAAUCCUAUCCAAAACCCUACUUUUUUUAAAACACCACACAUUCAAUAUUGUGGUGAUUAUAAUUUAGAAGCAAACGUAUGUCGUACCUCAGGAUUCGUAUCCAAUAUAAGACCAUCAAUUCGAUACAACGGUAAACUCGAUGAGAAAGACAACUCAGCCUUCAGAAACAUACUGAGCAGUAAUUACCUUUCCACAAACCAUAAAGUUUUUUUGCCGUAUUCCAUGCCAUCUGGGAAAGAAACUUUACCUUACCUUACAAAUCAACUAGCAAACGAGACAAACGUAUCAAAAGUCUUUUCGGUAAACGCAUAUGUUUCUAUCUAUAAGUGUACAGAAAGGAAACUAUUUUUUUGAACAGAAAUUUAAAGAUAUUUUUACUCCAAUACUACCAAAGGGAAAACUUGUACUACCAACAAAAGCAGGUCCUUGUAACAUCGAAGACGUAAACUUCCGUCAUGGCCUUAAUACAUAUUCUAUGACCGACGUAGUCCAUUACAGUCGAAUUAAACCAAGACCGUAUGAUAUGUUCAGAGUUACUGUCGGUCGUAAGGAAGAAUCUGGAUCUACUAGUAGUAUAAGCAACUUCAAUGCAAUCAGCAACCGUUUCAGAUACUCGUUUACAACUGUUCAACCAGGUUGGAAAACUGAUAAAUUAGCAGGCCAAACUGCUUAUAUGAGUGAUUUUAGACCUUUUUGUCAUAAAAAUGGUUCUGAGCCUUUCUCAAAUUGGGUAGGCAACUUAUCGUACCGGGAGCCAACUGAUUAUUUUAUUCAAAAUAAAAUUUGGCCUGAAUACAAAAGUCAUCAUUCAUAUUAUAUAUUUAAGCACUCCGAGGAUUUUCCAGAAGUAUAUUUGGAAAAGUUAAAGACGAAUGAUUCAGCCGAAUAUCAAAGUGCUACUCAUAAAUCCAAAGCACCAAGUAUAACAAAGGGCUCACAGAAUGAUUUACAAAAUCAACCUAAAUCAUCAGCUGAACUGUUAGGUAGAGUGACCAUCGGUCGAUUAGAACCGAGUGGUUCAGCUUUGAACAUUUCUGGACAUGUUCAAAGUCAAGAUAUGCCACUGGAUCGUUUUAUAACACACAACAUGACUCGAGUAAGUGGUUAUUCGAUUUGUGACAUUUUGUGGCAUUUUGUCUUUAAACUCCCUGAGUAAUAUAUAUAUAGGGUCCAUAAUCUUUGAAAGUAGCGAAUCAUUUAUAUUAAAAGUUAUCAGGCUGCUGAAAUCCGAAAUAAAAUGGCCUCACUCUUCUACGAUGGAACAUGUUUUAUAUCGCUAUAUAGAUUAGUGUUCUCCAGCCAACCACUUUUUGUAACUUGAAGGUGUGGGUCUCGAAAACAAUAGCUUCAAAGUACGUGAACUAUUUCACAUAUUCUUGCGAAACCAAUCUAUGUUGAUGGUUUGUAUUCAAAAUGCUUAGCUAUUUAGUCAUA